UCCACCACUCCUCGACCAGCGCCGCCGCCUCUCGGAUCCCCUUCGAGCCCUGCGCCGGCGCUUCCCCGAUACACUCCUCCUCGUCCAGCGCCACCUUCAACGAAAGGAGAAAAUCUAGGCGGCGGCGGCAGCGAGUUUCCCAGCCUGGUUGGCCUCCUACCUCAUCUCAACCCCCAAAACAGCAGAGAGUGGCGGCUGGCCUCUGUGAAAUGGUGAGGGGAUCCGGCAAAGGGAUGGAGAGAGGAUCCAGCAAGGAGAUGGAGAAGGGAUCCGGCAAGGAGAUCGACUGGGAAUCCUGGGAGAUUAAGGACCGGAUGAAGGAGAUGGUAUCCGUGGGGAGGGAGCGCAACAACGUCCUUGAUUCUCUUACACCUAGCCUUUCUGGGUGGAGGCGGAUACACAAAGGCGAAAGCAGCAAAUGGUCGUGGAUGACCGUUGGAAAGGCCGCCAAGGAAACGGAAUCUGACUUGAUGGACUCGAGCACAAUGGAGCUACCUGAGAAAGAAUUGGACAACAUCUUGCAAGGUAUGGAGCAGUUGGGCCACCGGAUGCUCUCUAUGGCAUAUCUCUUGCGCAAACCAGGUGUCCCCAGCAUCUCGCCUCACAUGGUCACCGAGUUGAUUAAUGCUACAUCCAAUUUGAGGCGAACUACUGAGGAUUUCUACCAAGAUACUGAUGCUGCUGAGAGUUGGAGUGGUGAGAGUGAGGGUGAGGGUGAUGACGAGGUUGAGGGUGAUGACAAGGGUGAGAUGCAGAAGGAGGAUGGGAUUCCUGGUGAAAUCUCCAAUCUUACUAAAUACUUGAGGUUUUCCUCUCAUUACGAGAACAAGUUGGCGCUGAUUGUGGGCGAGGACGAGGAUGAGGACAAGGACGAGGACGAGGACGAGGACGAGGCUAAGGAUAGAUCCACAUUGGAGUAUCUCAAAAAAGAGAUAGCCGAUGAACAAGAAAGUUUCGGCAAUGAAUAUGACUGCUGGGAACGUGUAUGGGGUAGCAAGAUUGGAGGGUGCGGUGGCUUGGAAGAUACAACCACAUUGAGCCCUAUGCACUUUACACACUGCACACCUGGUGUUGUCCCACACCCUGCUGCUGUUGCGGGGAACACCUUGUUGAUCUACUCCAUCAGGAUUCUAAGAAAACACUUGGAUAUGACAGUCAAACCCUUGAAAUGGCCGCUCAAAGUGUACGGUGUGGUUGCUGCUCGAGACACAGUGGACCACAACCGCAACAUUCUCUUCUCUCGAUCAAGGCUAAACUACCAAAAACUCGGUGAAGAUGAUUCCUUUUUAUGCUUGACUGGUCCGUCUCGUGCAAUUUUUGGUGUCGGACCCGUUGACUUUGAAGUUGACCUGAAAAUAAAUGAGGGAGCUGAAGAAGAUACAACAUUGAUCAGUUCUUGCUACCACCACCGCCCAAGAAGAUUACUCAAAGGUAGUAGUUACUCUGAAAUCAUCCGUGGAUGCUGGUGUGAUGUAGAAUUAAUCUAUGAGGAGCUUGAUACACCACUCCAGGCCACCAUUGUGGGUGUUCACGUUGUUGAAGGGGGGUGGCCUUUCAAAUAUGGAUGCAGAGUUGCUUGCUCCUGGUCUGCUGCAACAGGGACUAUUGGUGCUACCCGUAGGGAAGUUGUUUUGCUUGAUUAUCGUGGUGAAAAUAUGCCUGUAGGAUCAGAUGAUUAUCUUCAUUUGCCGAGAAACGUUGUUCCCGUGGAGUUACAAGGAACACUGAGGCUUGUCAUACAGGCUUACCCAGAACCUGAUUUUCGACCCGUAAAGGGUCAUGUAGACUUCUGUAUCCAACAUUGCCAAACAAGCAGCCUACAAUGUGAAGUUGGUAACUCUACAGUGGAGAUUACUGUUGCUUGGUCCCUCCUUGUAAAAGAGAAGCUGGAGCUGUUACUGGAGGGCUAUGCUGCUGGGCGUGAUUGAAGGAAUUAUAUGUAUUUACCAGCAGUCAAACGAUCGAACGAUCAGGAGCAAAAGUCAAAGGAGAUCGGACGGCCACGAACAGUACGCACGGGAGGAGCUCUCAAUGAAGGGGGUAGUCUCCUAUCCUUUAUAUAGUUUAAAUAACUUGUUUGUUUGUCAAACCUAAGUCUUUCUCGCACUUGAGUGUUGGAGUUGGGUUGAUAUUCUAUCUGUUUUUCUUUCUUUCUUCUGUCAGAUUUCAUUUAGCUUCGUUUGGCAAGAAUGUUGUA